AUGGCGUCUAAUCGGCAAUACGAUAUCGUUUUGCUCGGUCCGACCGGGUACACCGGUCGCCUGUGCGGCGAGCACAUUGUGCAAAACCUGCCCACCGAUCUAAAGUGGGCGAUUGCCGGCCGCAACGCGCAGAAGCUCGAGCCCAUCGCCCAGGAGCUCAAGACGAUCAACCCGGACCGCAUCCAGCCAGAGACUCUGGUGGUCCAGCUGAACUCCAACGAGCUCAACGAGCUGGCUCAGAAGACCAAGCUCAUCAUCAACUGCGUAGGGCCCUACCACCUGUACUCGACUCCGGUUGUGGAAGCCUGCGCUGCCAACGGCACCCAUUACGUUGAUGCCACCGGGGAGACGCCGUGGAUCAAGCUGAUUGUCGACAAAUAUCAUGAAACGGCUAAAGCGAAUGGCGCUAUUGUCGGUAUCAUCCCCUCUGUCGGUGUGGAAAGCGCCCCGGCUGAUAUCCUGGCGUGGGCUCUGGUCAAGCAAGUCCGCGAGGACCUCUCGUGUCAGACCAAGGGAAUCAACAGCUGCAUCAAGGAAUUGAAGAGCUCCGGCCCUAGCGGCGGCACUCUCGACACCAUUCUCAGCAUCUUCGACUGGCUCCCAUCGUCCGAGCUUAUGAAAUCCAUGAAACCCUUCUCCCUCGCCGCUUCCGCGCCACCCAAGGAUAUUCCCCGGGAAUCAAUCAUGCAGAAAAUCCUGGGUGUGCGCUCGAUCCGCGACCUGGGCACGCUGACAACCUCCCCUAGCGGAAUCGCAGACAUCACGAUCGUGCACCGCAGCAGCACGCUGAUGCCCGAGUUCUAUGGCAACCGAUUUGUCUUCCACCAGUUCCUACAUGUGCGCAACGCAUUUAUUGGCGUCGCUGUCCACGUCGGCUUUAUGCUCGGUCUGGCGCUCCUCGCACUCUCGCCCGUGCGCUGGCUGGUCCGGAAAUUCAUCUACACUCCUGGUAAUGGGCCGCGGAAGGAGGAUUCGCUGAACGACCGGCUCGAGUACCAUGCUGUCGCUACGGCGGACCAGAAUACCCCUGCUCCGCAGCGCGUGUUCGGCAAGCUGACUUACCAUGGCAGUAUGUACCUGCUUACGGGUGUGCUGCUAGCCGAAGCUGCGAUGGUGAUUCUCAAAGAGGAGGAGAAGGUGAAGAAGGUCUCGCGGGGCGGUAUCGUUACCACCGCUACUUUGGGCCAGGACUUUGUCGACCGCCUGGACAAUGUGGGCUGUCGGAUUGAAACCAAGGUUUUCCAGUACUAG